CGACGUUGCGCAGUUUUUAUAAAAAUGUUAAGAAGAAAGUUGGUGGUUCUAUCGCUGGUCGGGACAUUCCUGACGACCGCCUUUGGGUAUCCUGCAGAGGAUUCUGAUGGUGCAACCAGUAGUAGUAACGUAACCGACAGUGAACAAGGCCGGUUCCUCCUUUGGGGGAAACCUAUUCUGAUCGUACCUCCAACGGCGCCGACCCGUCAUCAGCUCAUUUCCGGUAUCGGUAUUCCACUUGGGACACCGGAAUCGAUCACCACCGGAUGGGUCAUCAAGGCCCAGUACUUCCUGCCGACUUCGGUGAACGAUCUGAAGCCUACCAAGUGGGAAGGUUGGAACGAAACCAGGCGGACGAUCGAGAAACGAUCAGUUCCCGGGACUCCGGAAGGUCAGUACGAGCAGUACACGGCUAGCCAGGUGAAUAUUACGGAGGAAAAGCUUCCGGAACCGAAGCUGGACGACGAUUAUGAGGAAGACGAAGAUGACGAAUUUGAGGACGGUGAUGAGAACUACUGGAUGGACGAGGAUGAGAAGCAGCUUUUUCAGGACAUCGAUGAGAAGUUCCCUGCGGUGCAACCGGAUCCGGAACAGCUUAAGGGUUACAAUGCCGGCAACUCACGGUGGCUGACGUACAAAACGUUGGAGAAGAUUGGCGAAAGUUACGGCUGUGGAGGGCGAGCUUGCGUUCUGCGGAGCAUUUGUGAGGCGGCCGAUGCUGAGUUUAGUCAUACCGGAGGCGUUUUUGCCGAGCUGAUGCAUGUUAUUUUCACGCCUUCCAGUACGACAGAACCCCUCUCGGAGCACAGUGAUAAUGAGUACUUCCGGGCGGAGCAGUUGGGCAGGGAAGGAGCACCGUGUGCCUUGAUCUUUAAGGAAUGUAAGCAUUCGAUAUUGGACGUUUUUACCGGGGUGCAUGAUCCGUCGACUAAUGCCCUGCUGUUGGCCCAUCAGAAGGUUCUUCAAUCGAUUAUGAAAUAA